AUGAGAUUCGGAUACCAGAUUUUGCAGCUCAUAUCGCUGUCGAUAUUGAGCCAAAGUGCCUCCAUCGACACCCACGCCCAACCCGCUGCCGUUAUAAACAACGGAACACUCCUCGGGAUUCAAAACUCGCAAUUUCACCAAGACCACUUCUUGGGCAUUCCGUACGCCCAGCCACCACUUGGAAACCUCCGAUUCGAUCUCCCUCAGCCUAUCAAUCAGUCAUGGUCUGAAAAACAGGCACUGCCUAUGGUGACUGGUGUCACUCUUCCUCCUUAA